AAUAAUCAAUUGUUAAAUGUUUUGAUUUGAUGAACCUUGCGCUAUCACUCUCCUUCCUUUUUCAUCUGCCCACUUUCUCAGGAUGUGCUCAACCAUGCUGUCAAACAACUUUGCAUUGUGAGUCUCUAUGAAUAUUCUGGGCUCUGCUUCAAUUAUGCUAUUAUUUGGCUGAACAAUGGGGAAAAGUGGGCUUAGAAGGAUAUUCAAUCGUGAGGAAAAGGGGGCUGACGGAUCGUAUGCUUUAAUCGAGAGCAGUCCACACGCGGAGGCAGAGCUUCAGCUUCAGCCACAGCUUCAGAGGAGCAAGAAGAAGGCGGGGUUUCGGCUAUGGAUGCGCUUCGAUGCAGAUGGGAAUUCAGAAGUGCUGGAAUGCGAUAAGCACAUGAUCAUGAAGCGCGUCUCAAUUCCUGCCAGGGAUUUGAGGAUCCUUGGUCCCGUCUUUUCCCAUUCAUCGAACAUUUUAGCUAGGGAGAAAGCCAUGGUGGUCAAUUUGGAAUUUAUUAAGGCAAUUGUUACUGCUGAAGAGGUCUUCUUGCUUGAUCCAUUGAACCAAGCUGUUCUUCAAUUUGUGGAUCAACUCAGGCAACAACUUCCUUCCAGAAUAUCAUCUAAGAUUCAGGGAAGUAAUUCCACAGGCCAGCAGGAAAAGCCUGGCACUUCUGCUGCAACUUCACCUGGACGCUGGCUACCUGUCCCCGAAGCAGCAGAUGGGUUGCAGCGUGAACUUCCAUUUGAGUUCCGUGUAUUGGAAAUAGCUCUGGAGGUGGUUUGUACAUACAUGGAUACAAAUGUUGCAGAACUUGAGCGAGAAGCUUACCCUGUAUUGGAUGAGCUGGCUAGAAAUGUCAGUACCAAGAGCCUUGAGCGUGUGCGGAGCCUGAAAAGCAAUCUUACUCGUCUCCUUGCACGGGUGCAGAAGGUAAGGGAUGAACUCGAACAUCUUCUAGAUGAUGAUAAAGAUAUGGCUGACUUGUAUUUAACUCGGAAGUAUCUACAGAGUCAACAGUUGGAAGCUUCAGUGAUAGCCGGAGGCCAGAGUGGUUUAGCUAUUACCCCCUAUUUGUCUCCCUCAAAUUCUCGACGAUUGAGCACUUCUAGCUUUAUUAAUAGCGGUGCUGGGGAUGAAAAUGAUGUAGAAGACCUUGAGAUGCUGUUGGAGGCCUAUUUCAUGCAAGUUGAUGGAACUCGAAACAAAAUACUGUCGGUCCGUGAAUACAUUGAUGACACCGAAGAUUAUGUGAAUAUUCAGCUGGAUAACCAACGUAAUGAACUUAUUCAAUUGCAGCUUACUCUCACAAUAGCUAGCUUUGUGGUAACCCUUGCUACUUGGAUAGCAACAAUAUUUGGGAUGAAUAUACCUUGUCCGCUCUAUAAAAUUGAUGGGAUAUUUUUCCCUAUGUGGGGAUCUAUUCUGUCAGGAUGUGUUGCACUAUUCUUUAUAAUUGUUGGUUACGCCCGCUGGAAAGAGCUACUUGGUACUUAGUAAAAAGUAAUUUGCUUGAUAUGUCUGAUUUUAUUGCCCAUGAUAUUUUUUUAAAGGCAAAACUUGAUAGGCUACUUCUUGCCGAUUACUUUUAAGGAGUUUGGCUUGUUCAUUUGAAAUGCAAAAGCUCUUGCAAAUAGUAUUGAAUUUGUGAUCUUCACAAA